ACGCUGCGCGCGUCACAGAAAACAGCACGUGAAGAAGCAGCAGCUCACAGUUUCAACAGCCAUGUCCAUGAUGAUGGUGCAGGUGGAUGUGAUGUGCUGUAAAUCAGUAGGAACUGAUCUGUCUAUGCUGGAUAUUGAUGAUUUGAUGACAGAAAUCUGUCAGCUGAAGAAAGAGGUGAAGUUACUGGAGACAAAACUCAGAGAGAGAGACCAACUCAACAGAAAGGAUGUAUGUGGUGUUUCUCUCUGUGAUCAAACAUCUCCAGAUCUUCUGCUUUCUGUCUGUAAUGAAGAGCAGAAGACAUCAGUGAAGCUGCUGGACAGCGAGAUCCCGAAAACACAAAUCAAAGAAGAACAGACAGAUGUAGGUGAUGUGAUUUAUUCAGACCUGAUGAAGGUGAAGGAGGAAAGUUCAGAACUUAUUGAAUGUAAUUUCAUGACUGGAGAAGAAUCUACGCGUUGCUUGAAGACUGAAAAGAAUUUGUCACGCAAAGCAACAGACAUAAAUUCUUGCACCUGCCCUCACUGUGGAAAGACCUUCAGUUGUAAAUACGAACGUAAUAGGCACAUGAAAAUUCACACCGGAGAAAAGCUUCCUACGUGUGAUCAGUGUGGAAGGAGCUUCGCUCGUAAACACCAUCUUUAUGACCACAUGAGAAUUCACACUGGAGAAAAGUGUUUCACGUGUGAUCGAUGUGGUAAGAGCUUCAGUCGUAAGUUUACCCUUUCAGCACACAUGAGAGUUCACACUGGAGAAAAAUCUUACCGAUGUCAUCAGUGUGGAAAGAGUUUUAUGUGGGCAACGUCUUGGAGAGAUCAUCUUCUCUAUCAUUCUGGAGUGAGAUCAUUUCAGUGUGAACAGUGCAGUAAAACAUUCUUUUCUGCAAAUAAACUGAAGCAACACAUGAAGACUCAUACAGGCGUGAAGCCUCAUGUCUGUUCCAUCUGUGGAAAGGCCUUCAAACAACUCUCCAAACUUAAAAGUCACAAUAAGAAAACACACAUAGAUGUGGCAUCUCUUAAGUGCUCGGUGUGUGGGGAAACCUUUUCGACAUCUAACCAAUUAAAACAGCACCACAAAUGUCAUACUGCACAGAUAUCUUACCCGUGCUCCUCAUGUGGACAGAGUUUUCAGAAAUCAAGACGUCUUGAGAUUCACAUGAAGAAGUGUUGCAAACUUCAUCUACAUGAAACUGUUCAGACCAGAAGAUCCCAGAGACCUUCUGUAUCUUUUUAGUGAAGUUUGUCCUUGUUGGACAAGUAAAACAUUCAGAGAACAUCAAUGUAAUAAUUCAGCAAAAUCCUUUUGUAGGUAUGUUACUUCAGCAAUAGUAGUAUUUUAUCAUUGUUGUGCUGGGAAACGGAGGCCAAUGAAAAGAGGUUUGUGCAGUUUGGGGUUUUUCUGAAUACUGAAUAUAAGGAGUUUACUUUGAGGCAUUCAGAAGGAAGUGAACUAGAUUUUCAUAAGCUGAGCUGUAUAUGGCCAAAUGUGAAAAUAUUACUUGUGUUUUCUGCUGUUUUCGCUGCACUGUUGAUUGUCUGUGACUUUCAUUCUCUGGAGAGAUUAAAUGCGAUUA